AUGGGCUGGGUGUACAAUCUCGUAACCCCCGAUCCCAACAGCCAUGUCGCCCGCGUCAUCGGCGUGUGCCUGGCCUUUUCGCUCAGUGCGUUGGUGGCUGUCACACUGCGGAUGUAUAUCCGAGUGUUUGUGAAGAGGUCGGUAUGGGUGGACGACUAUGCGUGUUGUUUCAGCGCGGUGCUGAGCGUGGCAUAUGCGAGUAUCAUUGUGGCUCAAACACGAUGGGGUCUCGGGCUUGACUCUCAUUACUUCCCAAAGGAGAAUGUCGUUCCUUACAGUAAGAUUCAGUACGCUGGAGGCCCGAUGUAUACGCUCGCCCUGCUCGGAUUCAAGGUCUCGCUGCUGUCGUCGUACCUUCGUGUCGCCGGGUUUAUCGCUAAACAAUGGGAUGCAACUAUCCCCGGUACUUGCAUCAACACUGUCGCUUCAUAUUACGGCACGAGUCUCGGCUUCGACGUAAUCAUCAUCGCCCUCCCCAUGCCCGUCCUCUGGCAACUCCAACUCCGCCUCCGACAGAAGAUCGCCCUAGUCGGCCUGUUCGCGCUCGGCUUCUUCAUAACCAUCAUCCAAAUCUUCCGCAUCUUCACCAUCAAGAACCUCAAAACCUACACCGACAGCGAGCCCAUCCUGCUCUGGUCCACCAUCGAAAUCAGCCUGGGUGUGAUAAUCGCGUGCAUCCCGACAUACGGCCCGCUGUUCAAAUCGUUCGCGUCGAAUAUCAACUCCUACCGCAAGCGCCAGACAGAUCAAAGCUACCGUCUUACAUCGGCACGACAGCAGUCACACACGCAGGCGUCGAGCCAGCGCCGGAAACUGGGCAGCCACGACGAUCUUGAUACGUUUAUUUGUGAGGAGGACGGGGAUGAGAGUUCUGUUCCCGCCAGGCCGUUCGAUAAUAGCACGCCGCAUAAGACCACGAUUAUGUCGACGCAGCAGGGUCUCGGGGAUAAUUCGUCCGAGGAACAUAUCCUUGGCCACCGGAGUGAGGGGAGUCUUGCGGGUAAUGAACGAGGACUGCAUAUUCAGAAGGUUACGGAGGUCAAGGUCGAACGGCAUGAUGUGUGA